AGUGACGGAGCAGGAUUAGAACCCAGGACCUUCCACACCCGGUCUCUUUCCACUAGGUGACACUGCUCUUCUGCCUAACACCCUCAAGUUUCCACAGAAGCCUCCUUAUCCUACUGUUUUGAGAUUAAUACAGUGCCUCACACAUAUUCAUCCCCGAGCAGAUCGGACACCACGAUGAGCGAUCGCUUUGAUUGCCAUCACUGCACGGAAUCUCUCCUCGGCAAGAAGUUCGCCUUAAAAGACGACGCUGCCUAUUGCAUCCCGUGUUACGACGGUCUUUUUUCCAACUUCUGUGAGGAAUGCCACAAAGCCAUCGAAUGCAGCUCCAAGGAUCUGGCCUACAAAGGCCUCCACUGGCACGAGGGGUGCUUCAACUGUGCCAAGUGCGGCCGCUCUCUGGUGGAGAAGCCCUUUGCUGCCAAGGAUGAACGGCUGCUGUGCACCGAGUGUCACGCCAGCGAGCACUCUUCCAAGUGCUCCCAGUGCGGGCGCACCAUCAUGCCCGGUUCUCGCAAGAUGGAAUUCAAGGGGAAAUUCUGGCACGAGACCUGCUUCGUGUGCCAACGUUGCCAAAAGCCGAUUGGAACCGAGCCUUUAAUUUCCAAAGAGAACGGCAAUUACUGUGUGCCUUGUUUCCAGAAGCUGUUCGCUCACCUCUGCGUUUCUUGCAAAAAGGAGAUAACCACGGGAGGAGUGAAUGUUCGCGACCAGCCGUGGCACAGGGAGUGUUUUCUGUGUGCCGGCUGUAAGAAGCCACUUUCAGGCCAACGUUUCAUUUCCAAGGACGAACGCCCCUACUGCGUGGCGUGCUUCAGCAACCUGUUUGCCGAAAAGUGUGCGGCCUGUACCCAACCCAUCACUGCUUUCGGGGGAGCCACGUUCGUGUCGUUUGAAGAACGCCAGUGGCACAGAAACUGCUUCAACUGCGGGAAAUGCGGCGUCUCUCUGGUUGGCCAAGGUUUUCUGACUCAACGAGAUGGCAUCUUCUGCCGGGAUUGUGGGUUGGAAGCUUAGUGCGAGUUCUCUCCGUUCUCCCCACUGUUCGAGCGAGGGAGGCUUCCAUUCCACCUUCUCCCUGCCGCGUGAAAUACUCCAAGCCCAGGAUGGGUGUAAGUGCUCCUUCUUUCCUCAGAGAGCCCACACCCCCCCCGUUCUCGCUCCAAGAUCUCACGCGGCCCAGACCCAGCUUCCGGGGAAGGUCGGAGACUUAAACGGGAGCACGUUGUGCCCCUGCGACCAUCCCCUUUCUCCUGAACCCUGAUUUCCCGAGGAAAGGAAGCACGUCGUCCGGCAGCGGUGAGCCAGGUCGACCAUGGCGAUGGGCGGGGUCACCCCAGAAACGUGUGCCGCCGGGCAAAGCGCUCACCCACCCUGAGCCUCGUCAAUCGCACGGACUAAGAACGCCACUGAAGGGGGGCAAACCUGUCAGCUGUACUUACUGAGCACUGUGCUAAGCGCUUGGGAAAGUACAAUAGAACAAUAUAACACAUUUCCUGCCCACAACAAGCUUACGGUCUAGAGAGGACAACCUGCAAACUGAAGACAGUGUACCGUCUGUGAUCUGCCAAUCCGUGUCAAACACAGGACCCCUAGAUCCACUUAACUUCUCUGUGCCUCAGUGACCUCAUCUGUAAAAUGGGGAUUAAGACUGCGAGCCCCACGUGGGAC